AUGGUCAACGGUUCCAUCUUAGACUACUUCAACCCUGCAAAGAAUUCAACAGUCGUUUCUCAAUUUGCAGAAGCCGAUAAAGAAUCAAAAUACUAUCAGGAUUAUAAGGCAAACUAUAAUCAAAGAUUAGCAAAUCCUUCUUUCAGUUCACAAUUCUUUGUCAAUUCCAAAAUUGAAGAUGCUAUUGAAAAUGAGGCCCAUAAGAUUAAUCAAGGUAUAAAAGAUGAAUUCAAAGGGAUUGAACUUUAUAGUGCUGAAUAUUAUUAUACUUGUACACUUGGUGGUAUUUUAGCUUGUGGUCCAACUCAUAGUGCUGUUACUCCAUUAGAUCUUGUCAAAUGUCGUAGACAAGUUGAUGCUUCUUUAUAUACUUCAAAUUUACAAGGUUGGAAAACAAUUAUCAAGACUGAAGGUUUUGGGGGUAUUUUCACUGGUUUAGGUGCAACUGCUAUUGGUUAUUCUUUUCAAGGUGCUGGUAAAUAUGGUUUCUAUGAAUUCUUUAAAGAACAAUACGCUAAAGCUGUUGGUCCUGAUCUUGCUCAUAACUAUAGAACUACUUUAUACUUAGCUGCUUCUGCCACUGCUGAAUUUUUAGCUGAUAUUGCAUUAUGUCCACUUGAAGCUAUCAAAGUUAAGACACAAACUACUAUUCCACCUUAUGCUACUGGUGUUGUUGAUGGUUGGAAGAAAAUCACAGCCACUGAAGGUAUUGGAGGUUUAUAUAAAGGUUUGGUUCCAUUAUGGUUUAGACAAAUUCCAUACACCAUGUGUAAAUUUGCAUCUUUUGAAAGAAUUGUGGAAUCUAUUUAUAAAUCAUUACCAAAACCAAAACACGAAUACUCUAAAGUUCAACAAACUGGUGUUUCAUUUGUUGGUGGUUACAUUGCUGGUAUCUUUUGUGCUGCUGUUUCUCAUCCUGCCGAUGUUAUGGUUUCUAAAGUUAAUAACGAAAAGAAACCAACUGAGUCUACUGGUGCCUGUGCAAAGAGAAUUUAUAGUAAGAUUGGAUUUGCUGGUCUAUGGAAUGGGUUACCUGUUCGUAUUGUGAUGAUUGGUACUUUAACCGGUCUACAAUGGUUGAUUUAUGAUUCUUUCAAAGCCUAUGUUGGUUUACCAACUACUGGUGGUGGUGAAGAGAAGAAAUAA